UGACUACAAAUUGAAGAGGCAGGACAGCACCAAAACUCUGCUGAUCAAAACUGAACAGCUGCUCAGGAUCGAGGAGCAUGACUUUGCCAUGAGACCUGGCUUUGGAGGAGCGGCCAUCCCCGUGGGCAUCGACGUGCAGGUGGAGAGCAUCGAUAGCAUCUCCGAAGUUAACAUGGACUUCACCAUGACCUUGUACCUGCGCCACUACUGGAAGGAUGAGCGUCUGGCCUUCCCGUCGCAAAACAACCAGAGCAGGACGUUCGACUCACGGCUGGUCAAGAAGAUCUGGGUGCCGGAUGUCUUCUUUGCGCACUCCAAGCGGUCCUUCAUCCACGACACCACUAUGGAGAACAUCAUGCUGCGCGUCUACCCCGACGGGAACAUCCUCUACAGCGUCAGGGUCACCGUCACGUCGCUGUGCUCAAUGGACUUUAGCAGCUUCCCGCUGGACACGCAGAACUGCUCGCUGGAACUGGAGAGCUAUGCGUACAACGAGAACGACCUGAUGCUCUACUGGAAAAACGGCAACAACUCCCUGGGAACCGACGAGAUCGUUUUGUCUCAGUUCUUCAUCGAGCACUUUCACCCCUCCAGCGGCUUGGCCUUCUACAGCAGCACAGGUUGGUACAACCGGCUGUUCAUCAACUUCAUCCUGCGGCGACACAUCUUCUUCUUCAUGCUGCAGACGUACUUCCCCACCAUGCUGAUGGUGGUCCUGUCCUGGGUGUCCUUCUGGAUCGACCGCCGGGCCGUACCAGCCCGCGUCUCUCUGGGCAUGACCACCGUGCUCACCAUGUCCACCAUCAUCACAGGCGUGUCCUCUUCCAUGCCUCAGGUGUCAUACGUGAAGGCAGUAGACAUCUACCUGUGGACCAGCUUCCUGUUUGUCUUCCUGUCUGUGAUUGAGUACGCCGCCGUGAACUACUGCACCACGCUGGAGGAGAUGAGAAAGAUGAAACGGGGGAAGCUUCCAUCUACAUUCAACGCCAGCCAGGCCAUGGCCUUCGACGGCUGCUUCCACGAUGAUGAGAUGGAGUUGACGCCGUUCCCCCGCCCGGCGCAGGCCCCGGUACCCGAAUCCCCGGUCGCCGCCUCGCCGCAGUUGGACCCGCGGCCCUCGGAGGGGACGCGUUUGCGUCAGCAGCGGUCGGUGCGGGAGAACGUGGACCUCCUGGUGAGCAACAGCUACAUGAUCGACUCGUACUCCCGCCUGGCCUUCCCGCUCUCCUACCUCCUCUUCAACACCAUCUACUGGAGCCUCUACUCCUGAGACGGGUGCGUGUCUUGUAUGCGCUUGGGCCAGACCCAUUCAUCCGAUGGACAAUAUUAUAUUAGCUAUUUUCUAAAUAUUUACAAUCGACCUGAGUUUUACUGCGUAAACGCAAUAUAUUCGGUCUUUAUUAUGAAACAGAAUGAUUGUUUGAGGUCAUCGUUCCUUGGCAAUGAAAGUGAUGUUUUGCUUGGAUCUAUGGCCCAAGUCUAAAGCUAAAUUCAUCAGUUAAUGCUUUUGGACAUGUUUUGUACUUCAAAAAUGUCUCUCUUACUGAAGGGCAAGUUCUUGUAAAACGGACAUUGUU